AUGAGGGGCGGCAGGCUGUCCCGGGUAAGCUGGUCCCCGGCCCUGGGCCUGGGCCUGGCGCCCCUGCUGGUCCUGCUCUGGGCCGGGCCAGGCGGCAGGGCGGACGGGGUGCCUUGGGGCUUCCAAGGCUGCAAGCAGCAGCUGAAUGUGUCGGUGCUGGGGGCGCUGCCUGGAGUGGGCUGGGACAACCUGCGCAACAUGGAGCUGGGGCUGGUGCUCGGGCGCGCCUACUCGCAGUGCCUGACCACCGAGGACGGCGAGUACCUCAUCCCCGACGGCAUGCUGGCGGUGCCGCGGCGCGAGAGCGUGGUGCAGACCCGCGCCGACCUGAUGGACAGCUGGGUCAACUACACUGACGCCUGGGCGGCCUCGGUCAACGCGGACUUCUCCUUCCUCUCCAUGCUCAACGGCAAGUUCCCCGUGGACUGCCAGAACGUCCGGAGGUACAGCCCACAGUACCAGACGGUCACCACCCGCGUGCAGCGGCGGCAUAGCAUGUACUCCGUGAGGGUCCGGGGGACCCCCAACUUCCACCCCGACUUCCGGCAGCGCCUGCUGACCCUCAGCGACCACCUGGAGAGCAACGAGACCCGCGAGGCGGAGUACCUGGCGGAGAUGCUCGCGGAGCACCUGGCGGAGAUGCUCGUGCUCGCAUACGGCACGCACGUCCUCACCGAGGUGGAGGUGGGAGCCACCCUGGUGCAGGAGGACCAGGUGAGGCGGGAGCUGGUGGGCCACGAGGAGGAGGAGAGGCUCAACAUCACCUUCGCCGCCUCCGCCUUGUUCGACCUGAAGGUCGGGGUGAGCGACGCGGUGCCCUGGGACAAGCAGAGCCAGCUGGUGCAGGCAUACCAGCGGGGCACGGUGGCCUCCAAGAUACACAGCCGCGGGGGCCCGCCCUUCUACGAGGGCCUCACCCUGCAGCAGCGGCAGGAGGGCGUCGCCAACCGUCUGGUGGCCAUCGGCCGCGCGGGCCUGCCGCUGCCGGCGCUGCUGCAGCCUGAGGCGCUGCCCGAGCUCCCAGCGCCUGCCGUGCGCCUCCUGGAAGCGGCCGUGAGCGGCGCCAUCGGCCGCUACUACGCGGUCGACAUGCACCCCGGGUGCGUGAAGCGCGGGGCCCCCAACUUCGACCCGCAGGCCAACGUGGACGACGGCUCGUGCACCGACGGCCAGCACGCCAACUUCAGCUUCGGGGGCGUCUUCCAGGAGUGCGAGGCCAUCACGGGCCCCGAGGGGGGCCGCCUGUGCGCGCCCUGCACCAUCCCGAACCCGCUCACCGGUCGCGCCUCCUGCCCGGCCAACUACACGGCCAGCCUGCUGAGCAGCGAGGUCAAGGUGUGGCGCGAGAGCAGCCACGAGUGCUGGCUGCAGGGCCCCACCUGCUUCCUGUUCUUCACCUGCUGCCGGAAGGUGUGCGGCUUCGUGGAGGUCCAGCGCGCAGUGCGCGUCAACGCGGCCUGGUGCGCGGCCUCGGGAGCCGCCCCGCCGGCCGCGGCCCGCCUCCUCUUCGGAGGCCUCUACAGUCCCGGCCGCCCCAACGCCCGCACCGGGGCCCCGGCCUGCCCCUCGGCCUUCUCCCCGCUGACCCUCCCGGGCGGCCUCAAGGUGUGCGUCGGCAGCGACUGGGAGCUGGGCGCGGCCCGCGCGGUGCCCUUCGGGGGUUUCUUCAGCUGCCAGAUGGGCAACCCCCUGGCGGCCCGGACGAGGGGCCAGGGCCCCGAGCUCAUGAAGGAAGUCUUCAGCCUGAACGUGGCCACGGACAGCCCCGUGGCCUACCCCGCGGGCUACAGCCAACACCCGGCUUGCCUCAGCAGCGGCUGCCUGACCCUCUACUGCGUCCGGGCCGGCUUCCUCUUGGACCCGCAGCAGCUCGUGGUCCGGCUGCCGCCCUUUGCCGCCCGCCCCGGCCUGCUGGGCAACAGCAGCGGCCGCAGGGCCUCGGUCCUGGGGGACGCCAGCGGUCAGCAGGCCUGGGUGAAGCUGCAGGGCUCCGGCCGCUGGCGGCAGGCCGAUAUCCACGACCCAGCCCUGGCAGCGCUGCUCCUGGGUCAGGGGCGUUCCCGGCCCAGUGCUGGGGCCAUCGCGGGCGCCUGCCUGGGGGGCCGUCGUGGGCGUGGUGGCUCUGGGUCUGGCGGUAAACUGGGGCUUCAGGCCCUACCAGAAGCGGGGUUACAGGAGACUGCCGGAGGGCAUCCUGGCCGAGGAGCAGACAGUCUAUGGGACCGCAGAAACCACUGCGAGCCCAGCUCUGUCUGA